AGGGAUUUCCCAUCCCUAAUUUUGAUUUGCUAUUUUCUUCCUUUCGCAUUUUUCUUCUUUUGGCCACAACAAUGUGCUAGGACUCUUUUUUUUUGCGUUUAUCCAAAUUCCAGAAAGAUGAGCAAUAGGUGCAACUACGGACCUCCACAGGAUUCCGACUCGGACAGCAGCUAUGAUGGUUUCUACUUCUCGGAUGAGGUGAAACGUUCGAAACCAGCACCCUAUGUUCAUCCAGAGCAGAAACUCUACAAUGCUGUGCUUGACGGAGACCUCCAGACGAUGCAGGAGGAGAUGCGACGACUUGACUUCCAAGUGGAUCAGCCUGUAAGAGGUGGCCCUACAUUACUGAUGCUUGCCUGUCAUGAGGGUCACUACGAAAUUGUUAAAUGGCUAGUGAAGAAGGCCAACGUAAACAAACAGGUGGAUUCUGUGAUGCCAUUGAUGAUGGCAUGCGAUAGCCAAAGCAAGGAUCCAUAUGUAGUGGAGAAAAUAGUUCGUUUACUGCUGCGCCACUCAGCCGCGGUCAAUGUGUCCGAUAAAUUCGGAAUGACACCCUUUAUGUUUGCCUGUAGGAAUGGCUUUACUGAUGUCGUUCGUCUCCUGAUCAAGGACGUCAGCUUCGAUGCUGUGGAUAAUCAGGGAUGCACGCCAAUCUUUCAUGCCAUCGAAAAAAAUAAUGUUGAAGUGGUCAAACUACUGGUGGAGGCGGGAGUUAAUGCCACUAUAGCUAACAAGAAAGGUUACACGCCCACCCAAGUGGCCGAGUGCCACGGAUACUACGAUCUGCUAGAGAUUUUACCCCAUCCAGACACGACUUAUCUGGUGCCCACCCAUUAUCUGGGCUACAACACUCUUAGAGAUCACAUUCCACGCAUCUUUCUAAAAAGCGACUGUCCUGAGUAUUUCCAGGAACUGAAUGGUAUCCUGCAGUCCAUCAGUGUGGGUAAUAUGGUUCAGUACUUUGCCAUUGCACGGGUCUCGCUGGCCGAGUUCCUGAUCAUGGAUGAGCAGAAGCUUCAAGAAGUGGGCAUCGAGUAUCCCAUCUACCGUCAAAAGAUAUUGAAAGGAAUUCUAGAUUUUCACCUUCAUCAUUGGUGCAACUCGUCAAUAGCCCGAGUCAAGGACGACGACAUGGACAACUUCUAUGAGGUUUUGAUGAUUGCAGCUAAUCACCUGCAGCACUUGGUAGUCAUUCAGGCGGCUUUGCGAUUCGUCUUAAGGAACCAGAUAGAAAAUAAAAUGGGACAGCCUUCGGAGACGAAUUUGGCCAUCCUUAAAACCAAUUUUCAGGGAUACGGCGAUGUUCUUAAUCAAAUUACAAGGACCGUAAAAUAUCUUGGUUUAUUUAGCCCUACCCAAAAUCCACUAUUCAUUGACUUCAAUGAAAUCCUAGCCGAGCGAAAGCGGAAAAAGGUUCGCAACUACUUCAAGUACACCACCAUUAUCCUCGGAAUCUCAGUUUUCAUUUGCCUCAAGUGCAAGUGGUUCUCAUAGUAUUUUGGCAGAACAUUUCCAUUAUCAAGUUUAAUGUUUUUUCGAACCACUCUGUGAAUUUACUUUGUUCAUUCGCAAAUCAAACUAGUUGUAGUUGGAAACAAUUUUUAAGUUUAACUCAAAUUUCAUAUGAAUAGAAAUUUGUCAAGUUUUUUCUGGAUUUAUUGACAUUAGACUGUUGUGAAUCGUGUAAUCUCAAAUCUUACAUAUAACUUUAACAAAUGUUAUAAACAAUACAUAUAUAUGUUAAGACAAUAGAAGUUCGAAAGCAAUGAAUAUUUAUCAAAUGUUACCUGAAACUCAGAGAAUUACCUGAACAUUAAAAAGAGAAUAUUAAGACAUAUAAAUUGAAGUUAAUGUCGAAACCCACACAUAUAAUGUUAGUCUUAAACGCAACAAAUGUAACAACAUUGACAUGUAUUAUUUUUAUUAACCAUUUAAUAAAGAAGUUGUUAUCAA